AUUUCAAUGAAGAAAGUAAGAAAGUCAUUGAUUUUAUGUCGAGCUGGAAAGAUGUUGUGGAUUACGUCCACGCGUUUUCAAAGAGUAAUGAUGAGAACCCAGGCAUGGUUGACACAGAUGACAGUACUGCUGCUCAUAAUAUUUCAACAAGUGGUGAAAACACAGGUGAGUCUUGUCUAGUUGACCCCUAGACAUUUUUGUAACUGUCGAAAUCCAAUCUUAAAGACCAUUCUUAAUCAAAGCAGCGCAAUAGCGUCGAGGACUAUCAGAACGAUGUUUUAAAUGAAUGUAAAUUUAGUUUUAUACCACAAGAACAUGCCACUUGGUGUGCUUGACCGGCUGGGCUUGCAGUGGAUCUAUUGAUGCGUAAUGAUUGAGGGAGAACACCUGAUGCACAUAAUGUGCGUGUCGCUUCGCGGCGCGCUCCUCCUUUUCAGUUUGUAAUUUAUCGUCAUCACAAUUAUCAGGGAUUGACUAUAUGAAGAGAAAUGAGAGACGAUUUCUUUGUCUGUUUAUAAUAUAUCAAUAUGUUUUAUUAAAAGUUACAUCUGUUUUAACAUACUUUUGUUUUAUCGAUUAGGCUCAGUGACAACAAGAAGACUUCGCCUCCUGCUGAUUGGUGAAUCUGAAGCUGGCAAGAGCGCCACCGGGAAUUCAAUUUUAUUCGGAAGAGCUUUCCAAACAGGAAACACAUUGUUGAACCAGCCUCGCCUCAAACAAGCGACAAUAGUUCUUUCACAUGUCUGCUUUGCGUUGACUAUGGUCGAGGCGUCUGAAGCUUAUCUUUUGAAAAAUAAACCGACACCGUUUGAGCUUUGCCCCGAGGGCUUUGAUGCCAUUCUUUGUGUCGACAACUACCAACGAAUCAAGAGUUACAGUGGCACUGUCUGUCAUUGCCUCACCCACACGUUCCUCGAUGACGAAGCUAUCAGGUCCUACGUCAUAUCGGUUAUAACUGGAGGAGAUAGUUUUGCCAUCGAUCACCCAAACACGACUAUCCAGGAGUUUCUAAGGAGUAUUGCUUCAGGGUAUGACAGAUUAGAAGAUAGCCUAGAGGAGAGGGUCUUACUAUUCAAUAACACAACGACAUCCGAAGAGAGAAGAAUGCUCCAGGUGACACAGCUUCUACAGCUGGUUGACAGCUUGCCUAAAGGCCAAGAACGAUUCACUGAAGACAGAUUUUUGGAAUCUGAGACAAAGACUUUGAAGUCACGAGUCAAGAACUUGCACAUUUUAAGAGAUGGCGGACAGCUGCGGGGGAUCCAAGAACAACUGUCAACUUUAACUCCAUUUCAGCACAGUCAAGAGUGGCAAACCAUUAUGAACUCUAUUAACACAGUCAACUUGAGAAUAGCUGUUGGGAACUACCCUCCAUAUCAUAGAGACAUCGGUAAGUUAAGUUUACAAGAUUAUGGUAUACAGCUGUUAGCUUCUGGCCAUGAAUGAAUGAUGGGAUUUUUAACAGAAAAAACGUUUAUUUGAAAGCGUUAUACUUUUAUUUUACGAUGUAGAAAUCACAUUUUUAAACUUACAUAUUCGUAAAGAAUUUGAAAGUUUUCUUUGAAAAAGUUAGAAAUAUUUCUAAAGAAAUAGAUUCAUGAAAUAAUAAUUGUAUUUUGAAAGUAACCAGAUGUGAUCAAUAAUAUUUAUAAAAAUGCUGAAAAAGUACACAAUUUAUCCCCACGUUCAUAAUUGAUAUUGACAAACGUUUGUAAAUGUAUCACAUUUUUAAGUGUAUCAAUUUAUUCUACUCAAAAUCUUUUUUUUUUUUUUUUUUUUUUUUUUAUUUAAUUUUUUUUUUUUUUUUUUUUUUUUUUUGCAGACGUUGAAGAUGUUUUUAAAAUCCUGAUAUUCGGCAAGCCAAGUAAUUCAGUGGACACAGUUAUGCACCAAAUAGAACAUGCCGGUAUUUCCUGUCAGUACAGGCAUUUAGAUUUAGUAACCAAUCUCGAAGAGAUAAGUUAUUUUACCGCUAUCCUGAUGGUGGUGUCCUGUGCUCAGCUCUCACCAGAAGACAACAUUAUAUUAAAAAAGGUGAUUAAAAGAUUCGAACAUGCGAUAGGUCAGAAAGGCAUUUUGAUCCCAGUUGAUGGUGGGGCGGUGAAUCUACGCGACGGCCAUCUUGAGUUGGAAAACUGGUGCGAAGAAGAAAAUGACGUCAUCAAAGACAUGCUACAAGCUUGUGCGGGCAGAGCUGUCCUCUAUGAUUAUGAAACAAGGGACGUGGUGGUGAG